AUCAUCUCCCUCUCUUUCUUCCGAAUCUAUUCGUAUACUGACAUACCGUAUACGUAUUUCUGGUUAUUUGGGAUUUAUAUAUUUUCCUGUUUGGUUGCUUAGAAAAUAUCUUGCUGAGGAAAUGAUGAGACUCAAACAGGUGAAUGGAGAAUCCGGAUGCAAAUCAGCUUCCUGAAGUGGAUUCAUUGCCCGAUGGGUUUGUUGACAGUUCCACAGAGCAUCUGGCUCCACAAACCCCAACUUUUGAGCAAGAGAAGCCUGUGAACAGUCACAAAGAUGAUGUUUCAGAGCCUCAGCAUUCAAAUGAAGCAUCCUUGGAAGUAAUAGUGGACGAGUCUCAGAAAAGCCAUCGUAGGGCGGAGAAAGAAAAGCUGAGAACUUUUCCUGUUCCAUUGUCUGACUCAAACAAUUUUGAAGCAAAUCUGCAAUCGGCAGAGGUGACAGAUGAAAGCUGUGUGGAGCAGACAGAGGGUACUACGGUCAUGCCGAAUGCUGCUGUUGUUUCUAAAGCUUCAGUUGGCAUAUCUGAAUGCAGCGAGGUAAAAGAACAAGCUCAAGGGAGUUGUCGGAGUUCGGAGAAAUCUAUUGAAGGAGGGUCAGACGUAAAUACAACGCAUAGAAAGGAAACAUCUUCAUCAGAAAGUAGUGACGUACUGAGAAAUGGAAAACAAGAAACCGCUGAAACCAAACGCAAGAAUACAAAGCGUUCAUUUAAAUCGGAAAAAGAGUUUCUGGAGUUUACUUUGAAGUAUCAACAAGUUAUUGCAGAAAGAGAUGCAGCUAUUGCUGUUCGUGUUAAGCUUGAGUCUCUGUGUAGGGAGUUGCAACGUCAAAACAAAGUGCUUAUGGAUGAAUGCAAACGGGUGUCAACAGAGGGGCAAAGCUUGAGAUUAGAUUUGUCAGCAAAGUUCCAAGAUGCAAUCAAGGAUGUGAGUAGUAAGCUUGAAGAACAAAAGGAUGAAUUUCUUUCUAAGCUAAAGGAAAAUGAAACGUUAAGAGUCAAGUUGAAGCAACUUGUUGAUCAGUACGCUCUUUCUGAAGAGCAACAUGCACAAAGGCUAAAGCAGAAAAACCUGGAACUUCAAAUUGCUGAUCUCAAAAUUAAGCAACACGAAGAGAAAUUAGUCCAGGAGCAGUCCCAGAUGAACUUCUAUGCAGAACAGGCAUCACAGUUGCUUGCAACUGAAAAGAAUUUGCGGUUGCAGCUGACAGCUGAUGGAGAGAAAUUCCAACAAUUCCAUGAUGCAUUAUUCCAGAGCAAUGAGGUUUUUGAAACUUUUAAGCAAGAGAUUGAAAAGAUGUCAACAUCUAUCGAGGAACUGAAGAAGGAAAAUUUAUUUUUGAAGAACAAAAGCGAGAAAUCAGACGUUAUCCUUAUAGAACUUGUUGAAGAGCGAGAGAGAUCGAAGAAACAAUUUGAGAAAAUGAAGAAACAGAAAGAAAAGGUUGAAUCAUUAUGCCGAAUGCUCCGGGCAGAAAGGAAACAAGCUUCUACUGGGAGCAAUAGCUCGGAAUCAACUUUAUGAAGUUAGUGGCUCAUAUGACCUUGUAUGAAGCUCCAACAGAAUUUUUAAACUUUUGCUUGUUAAUUUAUACCGAUUUUCUCAACUUAUGACCUAAAGCCUUGAUAUUUUCAAAGAAUCGUAUCCGUUUCAAUGUAAGUGGGCAUAUUGGGUCCACAAUUAUGGCCUGUA